UUACUUUUCUGUUAGUUCUUUGUUUCCUGCAAGAAGAGCUAUUUCAAGUAAAGGAUUUCUGAAAUAAAUUAAUGAAAAGAAACCAUUGGAGAGGAAAGUAUCGAAGUACAUUGAAGAAAAAACGAAGAAACCCUUACCCUAAAUAAUGACAAGAAACAGAAAUCGAUGAAGAUAGAUGGGGAACCGUAUUUGCAGGUCGAGAAGGAGUACGGUCGAGGACCGAUUCACGAGGCCACAGAGACUCGUUCGUGAGCCUUCCGACUUUGAUUACAAGAAGCUUCGUAAGCUUAUCCUUUCAGAGAAGCUUGCCCCUUGCUUUGAUGGAGUUGAAGAAUCAAAUAAUCCCGACUUUGAAGAAUGCCCUAUCUGUUUCUUUCAUUUCCCGAGUUUGAACCGGUCGAAAUGUUGCAUGAAAGGGAUUUGCACUGAGUGCUUUCUGCAGAUGAAGCCUUCGAGUGCUACAAUUUAUGCACAGUGCCCAUUUUGUAAAACUCCCAGAUAUGCUGUUGAGUACCGUGGUGCCAGGACCCAAGAAGAAAAGGGCUUGGAGCAAGCUGAAGAACAAAAGGUCAUUGAGGCCAAAAUAAGAAUGCAACUGCGAGAAUCGCAAAAUGGAAAUCAGGUCAACUUAGUCAACCAAAAUUCAUCACCAUUGGAAGUCUUGUCUACAACAUCAGGCUCCUUGGAGCAAUCAAAUGGUGGUGAACAGAAUUUAAGAGGCUUGGAGCUGUCUUCAUCAGGUGGAAUUGUUGAAGUAGCUGGUUCUCCAGUAAAUGCCUGGAAUGAAAGGAGGGAUGAAUUUGGUCUGAAUCUUGAAGAAAUCAUGGUAAUGGAAGCUAUCUGGCAAUCAAUCCAGGAUACUAGCAUAGUCAAAUGCACAGCUGAGCAACCUUCUCGAUUGAAUGGCACAGUAGGUGAGACUCAUAGAUCAAAUCAAGGCACUGUAUCAGUGGCAUCGAUUCAUCAACAAGAGUUACGAUCCACAGGUUUGGUGACUGGUGGAAUUGCAGUUGCAAUUGCAAGAAUGGCUGAAAAUAACAUUCUUCAUCCAGAAAAUUCUCAGUCAAUCCAUGACAAUGAGAUGGUUCAAGCACAAAAUGAAAAUUCUGUAGGACAUCAGAGCUGCACGCCGAACCCCAGAUUCUAUGGUUUAGACAUGCUGGAGGUAGGACCUGUUACAUCUGAUACAGAGCCAGAUCUUGAUGAUGUGCAUUCAGAAAAUGCUUGCCUGGCGAGUUGUUAUUCCACGACUGAGGAUGACUCCUGGGGAUUGCACUCAGCCUAUUCUCUUAAUGGGAGUCGAUGCUCAUCAGAUAGAUCAAUCUCUGAUGAUGAACUGGCACCAGAGGAGUUCCCUGAUGUUGAAUCUUCCUGUCUGAGCAGUGUCCACACAAUUUCUGAUUCAUCUUGGGAAAGCCCAAAUUGCUCUGACACAGACGGGAGACUGACCGAUUCACAUCUUGCAGUUGAAAGGCAUCAUACAGAGUUUGCCAACAACUAUGAUUGUUAUUCAAUGUCCCACUUCAGAAAUCAGCAUCAAUGAUUGUAUGAUGAUGGGGGUCAAAAUCUGGAGCCAUUGUUUGGUCUUUGGAGCUAUUCAAUAAAGUUUUCAUGUCCUUCCCUCCGUUCGGUGAUUGCUGGUUCGUCAUAUUGCUUCAUAUCAUAAUCAAGCGGGAAAGCAUCAUAUGAGAGUAACUGGUCCAUCUUACUGUGAGGUGUUGGUGUGUGUAGUUGUACAUUGUUGGUGUGUGAACUGGUAUAUGAAUGAGCUUAUCACAGGUAUCAAAAGAGAACCAAUUGGAUGCAUUUAUUAAGAUAUGGGGCCACAAGAAAUCAGUUUGGAAAAGUGUAUGAUAAGGUUAGUGUACUAGUAAAUGUUUCUUUCUAUAUAUUUCAGUUUCAUAAUAGAGUUAUUUUCUUGUUGGGGAGCUUCA